AUGGUGACCGCUUCCACCUCUGACUUCUGGGGCCCAAACCUUUCGCAGAAAACACAUUGUGACUACACUGAAAGUUUCCUACAGAGGCUCGAUGACAUAUUUCGGCGCUUCUGGGUGCAUUUACGGGACCGGGUCACAGUAAAACAACCUAGACCCCAGGAAGAAACCCAGAGCAGGGUGAGGAAAAGUGUGGGAAGACCCCCAUCGGGUGCAAGAAUUACCAGCCGCAUACCUGGGCAGAGAAUCAACCGAGGCUUAGCCCUGUCAGCCUGUCCACAAAUGCAUAAGACCACCCAAAAGCAACAUCUACCAUUCAAUUGA